AUGCCAAAUCGCAAACUCUUAUUGAUGUAUUUAUUACGAAAAAGGAAGAUAAUAUUUCUCAUUCGGGAGUAUCCACUUUCCAUUAGAGACCACAAUUUAAUUUAUGCUGUUAGAAAAAUUGGUUUACCCAGGGGACAACCAAAGUUUAUUCCAUCGAGGCAUUCUAAACUUUUCAAUGAGGAAAAUUUCUUAACAGAUCUGAAAAAUGCCUCAUGGCCUGUUAUUAAAAGCGCUAUUUUGAAUGUAGUUGAUAAGCAUGCUCCGAGGAGAGUCAUGCGAGUCAGAAAUAAACGCGCUCCUUGG